AUGGCCAAUAAUCAAUGGCAAUUGCUAAAGGAUUAUUCAUCCUUACUUGAUUCAAAUUUUGAUACAUUAAAUACUCGACCUCGAUUUAAUGCAAAAUCAAUCUUAAAUGAAGAUCUUGAUUGGUUAUUACUCGAUUAUUUGAAAGAAAUGGAAUGCAUCGGAAUUUCCAACGAACAAACUUUAAAUGCUCUACUUACCAUGGUUGGUGGUUUAUCUAAUAACAGUUAUUGUCGACAUUUGACUACUGGUUCACCGAUUUGGUUAAACAUUUUCUCACACGUUCUUGGUCCAACAGCUAGUAACAAAAGUUAUUUGGCAAAUGAAUUAAUUUAUGCACUGAAAACACUUGAUAAUAAAUAUCCAACUGUUUAUUCAAAUCGUAGAAUGAUGGAUGAUAUUGAUCAUAAUGAAGAACAACCAAAUAAAAAACAAAAAACUGAAAGCUGGAGUUUUUUAGCAAGUAGUAUGACUGAAGCAGCUUUAUCAAAAACUACCAAUUUUACCGAUGCGAUGGUUGUAAAUCCUGAUGGUGAUAGUGCAUUGAAAAAUUUUUCAUAUUAUGAGCCAAAUACAAAUGGUAGUGCACAAGGUGUUAGCUGCUUUUGUAAUUUCUUUGACGGAAUAGAACCAGGUAGUGGUCGUGUAACAGGUGUUGAAUUAUCCAUGAAUGAUCGUGUUCGUCCAUCAAAGUUGACAAUAUACAUUGCUAGUACAGGUAGAAAAUUAGCAAUACCAUUAAUGAAAAUGGCUAAUGAAGGUGGUAACGAUGGAAUAUAUGGGCGAGUGUGGUAUACUUAUACAAAUACAGUUUAUGAAUUACCUGAUGUGUUAAUCGAAAAACAAGUAUCGUUGCCAAACCUGACCCAUAUAGCAAUUGCAUGUCAUCAAUUCUUCCAAAGUCGAACCAUUGAAUUCCGAUAUGGAUUGUUUAGAUCAGACCUUGAUGAUCGUUCACGAAGUGAAGUUAGUGUGCAUAUGAAAAAUGCACGUAAAAAACAAAAGGUUCAUUUACCCGAAUUCCACUCAAUUUCAAUCGAUCAAUAUGAUGUUUUACAACAAUCACCACCUGCUAAUAAUAAUGAUUCAUCUGAUCAAUUACUUUCUGCAUUUCAGUUAGCAACAACGUGCAUUAAUGAAAUAUGGGUUGAAUCAUUUACUUUAGAAAAACAUGUUGGUGAAAUGUGGCGUAAAAUUCCUUAUCACUUACCAAAGGCAAUAGCUACUUUUAAAGUUGUUCGAUUAUUAUUUCAAAUAAUGGGUGAACAAAUGCUAUUUUAUCUCAACUCACAGGAGGGUAGUCGUUCCUAUCCUUCAAAAUUAAUUCCUGAUACAUUUUCGAAUAAAUUAAAUCAAGUAAUAAAUGAUUUUUUCGAAGAAUAUACUCGAACAAUCGAAAUCGAAAAUAAAAAAAUAAAAAUUAUUUUACUUACAUCAUAUGAUGUUGAAGUUGGGUACUCUUGGUGCCGAUGGAAGUUGGAAACAAUCGCAACUUUAUUUUCAACCAAUAAAAUUCAACACAUUGUUGAUACACGAUUGGGAAAAACAACAACAGAUUUCUCAUUAACAAAAACAAUUGAUGAACGACGAAUGGAUCAUGCAAUGGCAAAAAUUUUAAUGACUCCAACCAUAUUUUUUACAAAUGGAUAUUUAUCAAUAAAUACUUCACGAGGUGGAAGUGGUUUGUUCAAGCAAAAAAGUGUUACUGAUCUCAAGCGUGACGUGAUUAUGGAAAAUUUAUUAAAAAAAGGCUUUCUGGUAAAAUGUAAUGUUAUUCAAGGAGCUCGACCAUCAAAGAAUAACAAUUUAUCAUCAUCUUAUUACAAACAACAGCCAUCUUACUUUGAACAAUCAGAAUCACGAAUGAAAGAACUUCAGGUACUUUUUUGA